UCUACUCCACAAACGUGUUCAGUGUUCACGUUCAAUUCCCAUUCCUCACCAUUCCUCACUCUUCUCGAGAAGAAGAGAGUGCUCGCUCACUGUUCACAUGGUUUUGUGAAUUUAAGCUGAUAUCCUGUCAAUCAAGUCUCCUGAAUUUUAAACGUGUAUUAAACGUCCGGAAAAAGCAUUUUUUUUUUCAUCUGCCGAUUAUUAAGUGUUUUUUUUUCCAAAGUGAUCGAAUCAAGUGUACAUUUCGAAAUCUUCCUUUAUCCUGAAAAUUUUGUAAGAAAUAAUGGAGCUUGUGAGACCGGAUAAACCAUCUCAGUGCACGUGGAAACCAAAUGCUGCUGGUUCUCCACAUCCAAUUCGGAGCAAGAAAGUGGAUCGGACCAAGAUAUUGCCCAACAUUUUAGAUGCGAUUGGUCAAACUCCAUUGGUUCGUCUGAAUAAAAUACCGAAGAUGCACGGAAUCAAGUGCGAACUAUUGGUAAAGUGCGAAUUCAUGAACCCAGGAGGUUCCGUGAAAGAUAGAAUUGCACAUAGAAUGAUUCAGGAUGCAGAACAAAAAGGCAUAUUGAAACCAGGUUGCACGAUUAUUGAACCCACUAGCGGAAACACCGGAAUUGGCCUGGCAAUGGCAGCUACUGCAAAAGGAUAUAAAUGCAUUAUUGUGAUGCCCCAGAAAAUGUCAAAUGAAAAACUUUACACGCUUCAGGCUCUAGGAGCCGAGGUCGUAAGAACUCCAACGGAAGCUGCCUGGAAUAGUCCUGAGGGUCAUAUUGCAGUUUCUCAAAAGCUACAAAAGGAAAUUCCAGACAGCGUUAUUCUCGAUCAGUACACAAACAGUGGAAACCCAUUGGCUCAUUACGACCAAACGGCCAUGGAAAUUUGGGAGCAGGCUGAAGGGAAAAUCGACUAUUUAGUUGCUGGUGCAGGAACUGGAGGAACUAUUAGUGGCAUUGGUCGUAAAUUUCGAGAGAUAUCGCCUCAGACUAAAAUAGUGGCCGUCGACCCAGAAGGCAGUAUUCUCGCCGAUCCUCCAGAAUUAAACAAAACUCCGGUUACGUUUUACGAAGUUGAAGGAAUUGGAUACGAUUUUGUUCCCACAGUUCUGGAUAACAAUGUUAUCGAUAUGUGGGUUAAAUCAAACGACUGCGAAUCUUUCCAACUAGCUCGAAGUCUGAUUCGAGAAGAAGGUUUACUCGUUGGAGGAAGCAGUGGAGGAAUUUUGUCUUCUGCCCUCAAAGUGGCGAAAGAUCUGCCCGCAGACAAACGAGUUGUGAUUUUAUUACCGGAUGGAAUUCGAAAUUAUUUGACAAAAUUCGUUUCAGAUUAUUGGAUGGAGAGCAGAGGUUUCAUUAAUCCUCCAGAGCCCAUCGAGUGCAACAAAUGGUGGUGGAACCUCCCAGUUUCCAGCCUUCCCAUAAACAAACCUGUGAUUCUGCCCAAAGGAGCGACUUGCGACGAGGCCAUUCAUAUUUUGCAACAAGGAAAAUUCCACCAACUUCCGGUCACCGACAAAAAUGAGGUAAUAGGUUUCGUAACUCUAAACGAAAUCCUGAGUACUCUAAUUUCAGGAAAAGCGAAUAGAUCUGACCCGGCGGAAAAAAUCAUAUCAAAACAAUUCCGAAAGGUAGUUUUGUCAACCUCCCUUGGUAGACUUUCUCGAAUUCUUGAGAAAGAAAAUUACUCCGUGGUGUUAGACGAGCACAAAGAUGGAGCAUUUGUGGGAAUUCUUACUCAAAUAGAUUUGCUCGAAUUUAUUAGCAACAACGGAAGUAGCAAUGGCGAAAUUCACACGAACGGAAAGGCGUAAUAUUUUUUUAUUUAAUUUUCGACAGUUCUUUGGCUGUAUACCGUUUGCUGCACAUCAUUAUUGUUUGGAUAUGUAAUAACCUAAAUGUAAAGAAAUUGAUCACUAUUUUUAUAAUACGUUUUGCUUUUAUUUCGAAUUUCUUUCAAACAUAAUGAUCUAUAAUGCUCUUAUGAAAGCGAAAGAGUUUUCAAUUGAUAUAUCCAGAGGGUGAUUCUUUAAUACUGCCAAAUGAAAUCUUAUUGUUAUUUAUAAAGAAGUAUAGAAAAGUGUGUUUAAUAGAUAACGACGCUAGUUUGAAUCCUUCCACUGUGUUAUGAAUUUAAAAAACGAAACGAAUGUAGCUAAAAUAAUUUAAAAAUCGGACAUGAAGAAGAAAAGGUUAAAUUACAGUAAUGUAUUUCAUCUUUUUUUGUUUGUUAAUUAAUUAAUUGUUAAGAUUGACGACAUUAGGUGAAAGUAAAUUGAAUUAAGACAAUCUAGAUGGACUGCACUCUAAAUGAAUUAAUAUUUUAUCAAUUUUUAAUAUUCAAACCGCGAAAGUGAAAUGUUCAAGAUGAUUCGAUUUUGAACAUUCUGUUUAUUGCCUAAUAUUAAAAUAAAUUUUCUAUUUUUUUCAAUUAUUAUGCAUUUAAAACUAACGUAUAAGAGAAUUUUUUAAUAAUUUGUAUUGUUAAUGGAGUAUUGUGAUUCUUGUACAACACAGAGAGGAAAAUACAGAAAUGGAGAGUGAAAA